ACUCAGCAGACCGGGAAAAAACGAGAUUCAACUCACCGUCUCACCUCCGUUUCAACGAGUGUUCUAGAGAGAGCACAUUCAUGGUGGCCACCCUGCCCACCUUUCUUCACUGGAGGGCCGAGAACCUUGCCCACUGUCUCUGAUUACAUCUUUCUCCCCCCGCCCAUAAAUGGAUGCCUCUCAAUCAAUGGCCCAUCUCAUGCGCAUGGUCAUCAGUGGCUGUGGAGCUCGUCCAUCUCGUCAGGGUCACACGAGCCAGGCUCCUCGCCAUUGGCAUCAUCAUCACACCCCUCGUUGUGAUCCCCCAGCAGCACCAGGGCUGAAAGGGCAGCUUCCUCCGCCUUGGCAGCUUCCUCCGCCUUGUAGGCCGUCCUGCGUCGCUUGAUUUCUCGCCUUGUCGGGCGUCCACGGGGGUGGCGUGAGGCGGUGCGUUUGAUGAGGGGGCGUGGCCUGGUGUAGGGGUUGAAUUCCGGCGACUCAUCCCCUCGGUCUUCUGUGGCCUCACUGCCGGCCAGGAAGCCAAACGCACCAUCCGUUUCUGCCACACACACACACACACACACACAGAGAGAGAGAGAGAGACAGAGAGAGAGAGAGACGGGCAAAUGUUAGUUCGAUGCGCUGAGGUGCGUGUUGCGUCGGUCUCCUCACCAUAGUCAUCAAAAUCCCUCUUCUGGAUGUUCCUGCGGCUCCGCCCGACGACCAGCCACUCGCCGUCCUCACGACUGUACCAUCGCGGCCUGCGGGCCGCGGGGGGCAGGCUGGACAAGGCCGUGGCCGAGGCCUUGCUGCUGGUAGUUGGCUGCUCUUGCUCCUCUCUCUCUUCCUGGUCGACGUCUAUACUCCCGAUGUCGUCAUCCUCAUCUUCGGCGGGGUGGUCUGAGGUGUCCUGGCGACUGGCGCGGAACAAGGCCGCCUUGUGAGGACGCUCCUUCUUGUCGCCCCGAGGGCGCUUAGUGGUGGUGCCGGACCCAUAUGGCAGCAGGCCGUCAGGGAGUGGGGGUGGAGGGGCGAUGGGAAGGGACCCCUCACCGGCAACGCUGGACAACGAAAGGAAAAGGGCAGCGGAUCAGAUCAGACGGAACAGAUGGAUGAAGUAUGGCAAGACUGGCCGGCCGGCCAGCUGUGUGUAAGGUGCGUCAGUCACCUGCCGAGGGCAUUGCUGUGGUGUUUGGCGUUGGGGCUGACGGUGCCGGCGGUGGUGGAUCCGUCCUCCUCGCGGCUGACCAUGGGGGGCCGACUGCACACAGACAGACAGCCACACACACACCGCACCGACAGACACGGCAGCGUGUUCGUUUGUGUGAUCUGAUCUUGCCUAGGUAUGGGUACCCAGCCCGGCGACGCACAAGCAGCAUUUCUUGCCUGACUUACGUGCGGAGGACUGAUACACGCUUCGAUAUCCCCGACUCAGCCCUGCACCAUCCAUUCAUCCGCCCGCCACACGAGAUCCAACACCACUCCCGGCCCUCGGUCGAUGCGAUGUCUCCCUCUUGCCUUAUUUGUCUGUCAUUGCUCACCUCCCUAGUUCCCCCGCCAGGACAGCGUUCUUGUAUGCCUCACUGGUUCUGUCGACCAUGGGCAUGAGGUGGUCUGCCUCGACCAUCUGUGAGUAUCUGCUGUGGAGGUAGCACUCCUCCUCGGGCAGCCACGGGAGGCCCUGACGAGUGCACCCGGGGGGGACUGAUAAGUGGAUGCGAUCAACAGACAGACAGACAGAGAGACAGUGUGCAGUGGCCCUUCCUUUCUCCCGGCCGGCCCUUCGUUGCUCGCCAACCUGGGAAGGUGACGUUGUCCUCAUUGCCACGCCCAUCCCAACUUGGGGCAUGAUGGCUGUCGUUCGCCUCCUCCAUCGCACCGUCGACCUGCAUGCCAUGCGAUGGAAACCAACAGGCGUGCAAACACAUGCACCCAUACAUUCCACAGGUCUGUUGUGUGCAUGUGCUGUGGAUAAGGCAGCCCACCCCCACCCACCUUAGCUCACCUUGUCCUCAACCCACCUUAACCUCCUUGUUUAUCAAAACACACCUGCAAACCGCACCAAGACGACAACGUGACUGACAUGAGAGGAUCUUUUGGUUGAAGAUCUUUUGGCGCCGGUGGAGCGUCGUGUGUUCUUGCCUGUCUGUGUGUUCUCCCGCCCUGUUGCCCGGCUCCGUACAGGAUACAUACCGGCGAGAGUGAGAAGAGGAAAUCGAUGAAUGAUCUGCUGCGUCAAGCCUUACAGUCACACACGAGGGAGGCGCCUUGCUCUGCUGGAAUAAUACACCCCUAAUGAUACACCCCUA